AUGCCGAAAUCUGUAGCCUCGUAUGCGUACGACGCAGACGCUUUCGACCACGACAGCACACCACCGACUCCAAGGAGCAGCAGAGGCAGCACUGUGAGAAGACAUGGCCGCCGCCUCGCUUCCGACUGGGACCUCAAAAGCCGACUGCCUUCACGCCUGAUUCUCGAUGACCACGCUUCUCUGCUCGACAACCCUGAUGGCCGCCCAUCCUAUCGUGCCAUUGCUUCGGCGCCUCACUCUCCAAAGAAGACAUUCAGAAGAAGAAACAGCGCCCCGAGCGCCGAAGGACGCUCAGCAACCCUCACUUCGAGAGUCGCAAAAGCCUUUGGCACUGAAGCGAACCCACUUGAAGAAGACGAUGACGAUGAUGACAGCCACCAAAAACUAUCCGAGUCAAUCUACUACGACGACCGCGCCUGGUACGAUCAGUAUACGAGUACAGAUUGGGUACAAGACAGCAUAAGCGAUGCCUUUCGCUUGAAAGAGCUGCGAGGUCGCAAAGGCUUGAGGGGCAGAACCGAAGCUCUGUUCGAUGCCGCUCAGGGCUGGAUACUGGUAGCUGUCAUUGGAUGCGUCACUGCCGGUAUCGCAUACAUUGUCGAUGUGUCCGAAUCUUUCAUAUUCGAUCUGAAGACAGGCUAUUGUUCCUACAAGUGGUACUAUGGCAAAAGAAGCUGUUGUGAGGGUGCUAGUACCUGCGAUCAGUGGACUCGGUGGUCGUUGCAUUUGACGCCCGGUACAAAGGAGAAUGGCUGGUUCGACUAUGCAGCUUUCGUCUUCUGGGUAAUAGCUCUGUCUCUAGCAGCCUGCUUGGUAACAUUGCAGACAAAAACCGUCGUCAGCUCGGCUGUCAGUCUCUCUACGCUCGAUGAGAACCUCGCUGCACACGCUCAACCCACUGCCGAAGCCCGAAAGGACAGUACGGGCAGUCCCACACGUCGCUUUGCUGAAGCUGUCCAGCGUCCUCCUAUGGUGUAUUACCCGGCUGCUGGAAGUGGUGUGGCUGAGGUCAAGGUCAUUCUUAGUGGCUUCAUCAUUCGAGGAUAUCUCGGAUUGCGAACUCUUGUCAUCAAGACUUUUGGCCUGAUCCUAAGUGUUGCUUCCGGUCUCUCGAUCGGUAAGGAAGGGCCAUUUGUCCACGUUGCGACCUGUGUCGGUAACGUCGCAUGCCGUAUGUUCGAGAAGUAUCAUGUCAAUGACGCCAAAAGACGAGAGAUUCUCAGUGCGAGCGCUGCAAGUGGUGUUGCGGUUGCCUUCGGUUCUCCCAUCGGAGGUGUUCUCUUCAGCUUGGAGGAAGUCAGCUACUACUUCCCGCCCAAGACUCUGUUCCGAACCUUCUUCUGCUGCAUUGCUGCAGCACUGUCCUUGAAAUUCCUGAAUCCUUAUGGCACUGGCAAGAUUGUCCUUUUCGAAGUCCGCUACUUGACAGACUGGCAGUUCUUUGAGAUGAUCAUCUUCAUACUUCUGGGUGUCCUGGGUGGUACACUGGGAGCACUUUUCAUCAAGGCAUCACGUCUCUGGGCAACCACUUUCCGACGUAUCCCGAGCAUCAAAAAGUACCCAAUCCUGGAAGUCUUCUUGGUUGCUUUGGUCACUGGACUCGUCAGCUUCUGGAAUAGGUAUACCAGGAUCCCUGUUUCAGAACUACUGUUUGAGCUGGCUAGCCCGUGCAGUUCUUUCAGCUCCUCUGGUUAUGGACUUUGCCCUACUGAAGAGAACAUCCCGAACGUUAUUGGAUAUCUUUGCAUCGCGUUUGUGAUCAAGUCGGCGUUGACGGUGGUGACGUUUGGUAUCAAGCUGCCUGCAGGUAUUUAUGUGCCCUCGAUGGUGGUUGGUGGUCUCCUUGGACGCAUUGUUGGCCACACAGUGCAAUUAAUCACCUUGAAGUACCCACAGUUGGAAAUAUUCGGAAACUGUCCUGCAAACGGCAACCCAGAGUCGUGUGUUGUGCCAGGUGUGUACGCACUUGUUGCAGCCGGAGCGACCAUGACGGGUGUCACGAGACUUUCUGUCACUCUCGCAGUCAUCUUGUUCGAGCUCACUGGCUCCCUGGAACAUGUCCUUCCAUUUUCGAUUGGCGUUCUGGUAUCAAAAUGGACAGCCGACGCCCUAGAACCUCUGAGCAUUUACGAUCUUUUGACUGACAUGAACUCGUACCCCUACCUCGACGCAAAGUCUCACCCACCUUUCCUCGGUGACUUGGGCGAUAUAACUCAUGGAUCAAAUCCCAAACGCCUAAUCGACAUUUCAUCCUCACCCUUUUUACCUGCGCACGAACUGCGCAGCAAACUCGAGUACAUGCAUAUGGCCGGCGAACUUGAUGGUGGUCUCCCCAUCCUCAAAGACGGCGUCUUGGUCGGCAUAAUCCCAGGCCCUGAUCUCGAAUUCGCACUCGACCACCUCCAAGAAGGCGAGCAAGACGCAAUGUGCUACUUGGGCCGCCCUGCCUCUCGCGCCUUUCCCCAAGAUUCCGUCUCUUCUCCCUCCGAGUCAUUGCAGAUCCUCGAAUCUUCAGAUGCAGAGAUUGGACGAGGGUUGAGAGAUGGUGAGGUGGACUUUUCUAGCUGCGUGGAUCCUUCGCCCAUGGCGUUGGAUAUCCGCUCUCCCCUCGAGUUGGUCUUUGAGCUGUUUUCCAAGUUGGGAUUAAGAUAUUUGUGUGUAUUGGAUGGAGGCAAGUUUGCAGGGCUGGUGCAUAAGAAGGCGUUUGUGAGGUAUGUCAAGGAAUUAGAACAUCAGGAGAGAAAAGGAGAGCAUUGA